AUGAGAGGGGACUGGGUUCUGCCAUUGCUGCUGCUGCUGCUGGGCCUGAGGCUGCAGCUGUCCUUUGGCAUCAUCCCAGUUGAGGAGGAGGACCCAGCCUUCUGGAACCAACAGGCAGCCGAGGCCCUGGAUGCUGCCAAGAAUCUACAGCCCAUUCAGACGGCAGCAAAGAACCUCAUUCUCUUCCUGGGGGACGGGAUGGGAGUGCCCACAGUGACAGCCACCCGGAUCCUAAGCGGGCAGAAUAAAGGCAACCUGGGGCCAGAGACGCCCUUGGCCAUGGACCAGUUCCCAUACCUGGCUCUGUCCAAGACAUAUAACGUGGACAGACAGGUGCCGGACAGUGCAGGCACAGCCACGGCUUACCUGUGCGGGGUCAAGGCCAACUACCAGACCAUUGGCGUGAGUGCAGCCGCCCGCUAUAACCAGUGCAACACAACACACGGCAACGAGGUCACCUCUGUGAUGUACCGGGCCAAGAAAGCAGGAAAAUCAGUGGGAGUGGUGACCACCACGAGGGUGCAGCACGCCUCGCCAGCUGGCACCUACGCACACACGGUGAACCGCAACUGGUACUCGGAUGCUGACAUGCCGGCCUCGGCACAGCAGGAGGGCUGCCAGGACAUCGCUGCGCAGCUCAUCUCCAACGUGGACAUUGAUGUGAUCCUGGGUGGGGGACGCAAGUACAUGUUUCCCAAUGGGACUGCAGAUCCUGAGUACCCAAGUGACGCCAGCCAGAAUGGAAUCAGGCUGGACGGGAGGAACCUGGUGCAGGAGUGGCUCACCAAGCACCAGGGAGCCCAGUACGUGUGGAACCGCACAGAGCUCAUUAGAGUGUCCCAGGACCUGUCUGUGACCCACCUCAUGGGCCUCUUUGAGCCCGGAGACAUGAAAUACGAGAGCAACCGAGACCACACGCUGGACCCCUCCCUGAUGGAAAUGACAGAGGCGGCCCUGAGCCUGCUGAGCAGGAACCCCCACGGCUUCUACCUCUUCGUGGAGGGGGGCCGCAUCGACCACGGCCAUCACGAGAACAAGGCUUACCAGGCACUGAACGAGGCGCUCAUGUUUGACUCGGCCAUCGAGAAGGCGAGCCAGCUCAGCAGCGAGAAGGACACGCUGACCCUCGUCACCGCGGACCACUCCCACGUCUUCUCCUUUGGUGGCUACACACUGCGGGGGAGCUCCAUCUUUGGGCUGGCCCCCAGCAAGGCCCAGGACGACAAGGCCUACACCUCCAUCCUGUACGGCAACGGCCCGGGCUACGUGCUCUCCACGGGCUCCCGGCCCGACGUCAACGACACCCUGAGCGGGGACCCGGACUACCAGCAGCAGUCGGCCGUGCCGCUGUCGUCGGAGACGCACGGCGGGGACGACGGCUCCGCCCUGCCCAGGGGCGCCUGCAUCCCCCACCCGGUGUGCUGCCGUGCGCUUCGUCCAGGCCGCGACCCCUGGCUCCCACCCCAGAGACCCCACCCCUAA